AUGACUGACGAUGGUAUAUUACAUGGCGGGAAAUUAUUGUUUGUAGUUUUGCACAAGAAUGCGAACUGUGUUGGCGUGUUGAACAUUCAUACUUUAAAUAUUCGCCAGAUUGAGUGGACGCAUCAAGUUAUGAAAAUGGGGCAAAAUUAUGCUCCUGUUUACCUGAUUUGCCUACUGUUAGUGGGUAUGCAAUGCGCAAACGCAGAAGACCAAGUGUCGCCAUGGCGUUGGAAUUGCGAUAAGGGUAAAUGCGUGAAGACCGAGAAUGACCCGCAGAGUAAGGAACCGGCUUUGAGCCUAGAGGCGUGCAAAAUGUUCUGCAAUGAUUACGGUUUGCUCUGGCCCAAACCGACGGGACGAAUGGAGCUGGGCAAUUUCUUGUCCAAAAUCAACAUAAACAAUAUCCGGGUGGAGAUCGACAGACGUGGAAGAUCUGAUGAUUUGAUGGAUGCAGCUGGGAAGAGAUUCCAAAAAUUAGUCAAUUUAAACUUUCCACUGGGAGUGACUCCGAAAGCUAGCGGCAAGUCCUUGAUUAUCUACCUUGUCAACGCCAACCCAGACGUCAGGGAAUUUUCUCUAACAAUGGACGAAAGCUACAGUGUCCGCGUUGGCGCAGUCUCCAACGAUAAAAUAAACGCAACAAUCACUGGAAACAAUUUCUUUGGCGUCAGAAAUGGUUUGGAGACUCUCUCGCAACUAAUGAUCUAUGAUGAUAUCAGAAAUCAUCUCGUUAUAGUCCGCGAUGUUGACAUAACCGAUAAGCCGGUCUACCCGUAUCGAGGAAUUCUACUGGAUACUGCAAGAAACUACUUCGGUAUCGAUUCCAUAAAGAGGACUAUUGAUGCGAUGGCCGCUGUCAAACUGAACACCUUCCACUGGCAUAUCACAGACAGUCAGAGUUUCCCAUUCGUUUCUAACCGUAGACCUAAUCUCACCAAAUUCGGAGCUUACAGCCCCGCUAAGGUAUAUACUCCAGAAAUGAUAGCAGAUGUGGUACAAUUUGGAUUGGAACGCGGUGUACGAGUUAUGCCAGAGUUCGAUGCGCCGGCGCAUGUUGGUGAAGGAUGGCAGAGCACUGGAUUGACCGUUUGCUUCAAGGGAGAACCAUGGGCCUCCAUCUGCGUGGAACCCCCGUGUGGGCAACUCAACCCAGUGAAAGAAGAACUCUAUGACGUCAUCAAGGAUAUCUAUGCUGAUAUGAACGAUGCUUUCAAUCCGGACAUCUUCCACAUGGGAGGAGACGAAGUGAGCGAGAGGUGCUGGAACACAUCGCAGGAGAUCCAGCAGUUCAUGAUCCAGAACAGAUGGGAUCUGGACAAGAGCUCGUUCCUGAAACUCUGGAACUACUUCCAGACUAAGGCCCAAGAUCGAGUUUAUGAGGCAUUUGGCAAACGUCUACCAAUAAUCUUAUGGACCAGCACAUUGACUGAUUACGCGCAUAUCGACAACUUCCUGAACAAGGACGAUUACAUUAUACAGGUGUGGACCACUGGAGCCGAUCCUCAGAUCAAAGGAUUGCUUGAAAAGGGAUACCGCCUCAUCAUGUCCAAUUACGAUGCUCUAUACUUGGACUGCGGUUACGGCGCUUGGAUCGGCAGUGGUAAUAACUGGUGCUCUCCAUACAUUGGUUGGCAAAAAGUCUAUGACAACAGCCCUAAACAAAUGGCCAUGCAGUAUUCUGACCAAAUUUUAGGUGGAGAAGCAGCUCUAUGGUCUGAGCAAUCAGAUUCUUCGACCCUCGAUGGCAGGUUGUGGCCCCGUGCAGCAGCUAUGGCUGAACGCUUGUGGGCUGAACCCGACACUGACUGGGCUAAGGCCGAACGUCGCAUGUUACAUGUUAGGGAGCGCUUAGUCCGCAUGGGGAUCCAGGCGGAGUCGCUGGAACCGGAGUGGUGUUACCAGAACGAAGGAUACUGUUAUUAG